CCACCAGUGGCCAUGCUUGACUAUUAAACUGUAAAAGCUUUCAAUGAUUCAAAUUGAAAAGCCACAAUGAAUUAGACCACCCCACUCUCCACGGUGUACCCUGUAGUCUGUACAGUAACCUUAAAAGGAAUCUGAGUAUCGAAUUUCAUCUGGAAAUUUCAAAAAUUCUUACACAGAUUGUUGAUUUUCUAUCUAUAAAAUCUUACCACGGCUCUUUUUGUUAGGAUCGAUGUUUUCUUGGAACACGGGUUUUUUGCAGACAAAACCCACACAUGCACACCUAUCUUCUCUUUCACUUCCUUGAAAGAAUCCCCAUUUUGUUCGUCAUCAGAGGCUUCAUAUUGGGAUUUUGGACUGUUCCUGAUAGAAGGGUUCUUUUCUAUUUUAUAUUUUUUCCUUCUUCGCCUUUUGAUGCUCUGUCUUGAGCCCUGAUCUUGUACCCAAGAAAAAAGGUAUAGUUUUUCUUUGGGACCAUAGCCCGUUAUCUUUGUGCAAGUGAAAAGGCCUUGUGUUUUCAGUACAAAAAUGUCUCAAAGUUUUAUUGCUUCUUGGUAGCGCUUUCUCAAAGAUUGGGUUCUCGGGACUUUGUAUCUUCUUUAAGCGGUUGUUUGCUUAAGAGAAAAUUUCCCAAGAAAUGAUCUUCCUUUAGUUGCUUAGCUACUAGGUUUUUCCGAAAAUUCCUUUCAUCAAACAUGGGUUUUGCCCAAAAUUACUGCAUCAAGACCCACUGUUUCAAAUUUCAGUGGUACACAUUAUACCAUUUCGACCAAGAAGUACGCAUCUGCAGUCUUUCGGUUCGAAUCAAUCCCCGUUUCUUUUAGAACUUUUCUCGAACACUUGAAUUUUUUAGUUUUGGUCCUUUAAAAUCGCCUCUUAAACCAUGGGCUGCGUCAACGGCAAAUGCUGUGGCCGGUACCCACAGUCAUCAGAUGGCGAUUCGCGAGACUACCGCGAAUCGGGUCCGUACAAUGUGCAAGGUAUACACGGACUCACACAGAGAUCCCUGGAAUCUAUUCCUGUUCCUUCCCACAAUUUUCAUUUGGAGUACUCGGUUCUCACGCAGCGUGGUUACUACCCGGACUCGCCAGAUAAAGAAAACCAGGACAAUUUAUGCAUUAGGACACAGAUUCAAGGUAACCCAAAUAUCCAUUUCUUUGGUGUAUUUGAUGGGCACGGUCAAUUUGGCGCACAGUGUUCGAAUUUUGUCAAGGAUAGGUUGGUAGAAAUACUGGCUAAUGACCCUUCAUUCUCGGAUGAUCCUGUUAAAGCUUUUAACUCUGCAUUUCUGACCACUAAUUAUGAGUUACAUAAUAGCGACAUUGAUGAUUCAAUGAGUGGUACAACCGCGAUUACGGUGCUUGUUGUUGGGGAUAUACUUUUCGUGGCGAAUGUGGGCGAUUCCAGGGCUGUGAUUGCGGUGCAAGAGGGGAAUCGAAUCAGAGCCGAGGACCUAUCAAAUGAUCAGACGCCAUUUAGGAAAGAUGAGUAUGAGAGAGUGAAGCAAUGCGGGGCCAGGGUUUUGAGUGUCGAUCAAGUGGAGGGGUUUAAGGAUCCAAAUAUUCAGUCGUGGGGCAAUGAAGAGUCUCAAGGUGGCGAUCCUCCAAGGUUGUGGGUUCAGAAUGGGAUGUAUCCGGGAACUGCGUUUACAAGGAGCGUAGGAGAUAGUACGGCUGAGAAGAUUGGUGUGGUGGCUGUUCCUGAAGUGUUGACGGUUCAGCUUACAGCCAAUCAUCUUUUCUUUGUUGUUGCAAGCGAUGGGGUUUUUGAGUUCCUCUCGAGCCAAGCAGUUGUUAAUAUGGUGGCAGGUUAUACAGAUCCCCGAGAUGCAUGUGCUGCCAUUGCCGGAGAAUCAUACAAAAAAUGGAUGGAACAUGAAAACCGGACAGAUGAUAUUACCAUUAUCAUUGUUCAUAUCAAAGGUUUUUCUAAUUCAGGUGCUGGUACUACAGAUGGAUCCAGUGCAACCAAUAUUAGGCCAAUGAGGUUCAGAAGAGGAACUUCUGAGGUAUCCUUUGCCAGUGGCUCAGAGCUUUACCAUUCAGUAAGAAGUGACUUCUCAGACCUACACCCUUGCCAGCAUGUGGUUUCGACUAAUCGAGGCCCGGCUAUCAUUGUUCCAUCUCCAAAACAUGAGAGGCCAUCAGAACAGUGAUUAGCUUCUAUGGCCUUCAGGAAGCUGCCUCACACCUCCUUGUCAUUUUGCUUUAGAGGAUGUAGGCUACUGUGCAUUCUGCUGGCAGCAGAAGUAAUUUGCUCUACACAUAAUAGGAUAUACUUGGUCACUAAUCUCCAGGCAACAGCUUCUUUGCAAUACUGAUAAAACCAUUUCUAACCAAGCGAUAAUCCCUCAGGAGAACAAGAUUCUCUCCCUCCAGUUGUAGUCUCACCUGCUAACCACACAAUAUGAAGAAUUGGUAGGAAAAUUCGCAUAUAUUCAAGGAGGUUAUGUCUACGAUCCUUUGUAGUCUUAAAACAUUUACUAAACGGAAACUGUGAGUGACACAUAUAUCCAGCGUUGAUUGCAUGCAGACCCUUCAGGAUAUUCUAAUUCCAUAAUUUAUGCAUGGAAUCUGAAUUCCAACGGCUGCAAAUUGUAGAGGAUACUGGUUAAUUUUGAUGCUACUCGAUCUCUUGUAUAAUCUUGUUAGAAGAUUUGAACUUGUCAUGUCGUUGGAUGUAGCUUUUUUCUUUCAAUAAUAUUGCAUUUGAUUCAAUAA